UGCUCAGCUUCUCACCUCCCAGCUGGGCUCCCCACCCCUCUCGCUCCCUGUUCUAUCCUCUCGUUCCCUCUGCAACCUUCUCUCUCUCUAGCUUAUCCCGAUAAUGGCUGCCUCGAGCAGCACCACCUAGCUAGCCGUGCCCGCUCCACGCAACACGUACGUACGUCCGCUGCUCGGCGUCGGUUCCGCCUCGUACAACAACCACACUUUGCAUUGAGCCAGGUCGUCCAGCUUCUGAGGAGGAGCGGCAGCACGCACCUGGGCGCCGGCCCACUGCUGCAGCUGGGCUGCUAGCUUGAGCUGAGCUUGCCGUUGGGCGCGCGCGUGCAUGGCGCCCAAGAGCAGGCGUGGGAAGGCCAAGGGCGAGAAGAAGAAGAAAGAUGAGAAAGUUCUCCCUGUGGCCAUUGACAUCACUGUCAACCUCCCGGACCAGUCUCAUGUCAUUCUGAAGGGUAUUUCAACGGACAGGAUCAUCGAUGUGAGGCGGCUGCUCUGCGUCAACACCGCCACGUGUGCCAUCACAAAUUAUUCUCUCACACAUGAGAUGCGUGAUGGUGCGUUGAAGGAUGCCGCUGACAUUGCUACACUAAAACCCUGCACUCUCACAUUGGUCGAAGAGGAGUACAGCGAGGAGAGCGCGGUCGAGCAUGUCCGGCGUCUGCUGGACAUCGUCGCUUGCACCACCUGCUUCGGCCCAGCGCCGCCACCUCCUCCUCCGCCGUCCCCCAAGGACGCCGAUGCCGCUAAGGAGACAUCCAGCUCCAGCUCCACAUCCAAGGCCGUCGCAUCCGCCUCCUCGGGUGGGCGCCGCACGGCCUCACCGCCGCCGGCCUCGCCGUCCUCCGCUGCCGCGAAGGAGUCGUCAGCCGCAAAGGAGGCAGCAGCCAAGGAGUCCGCGGCUGCGGUAGAGCUGGAGGCCGAGAUGAGCGGCGCGUGCCCUCGCCUCGGCGCCUUCUACGAGUUCUUCUCACUAGCCAACCUCACGCCGCCACUCCAAUUUGUAAGGCGAGUGUUGCAGCCUCGACAGGAGGAACAGCCUUCGGAUGACCAUCUGUUCUUUCUUGAGGCAAAGCUAUGUAGUGGGAAGUUCCUUGUUGUUGAAGCUCGGCGAAAGGGAUUCUUCAGUCUAGGAAAGCAGCGAGUCUUGUGCCACAACCUAGUCGAUCUUCUGAGGCAUCUUAGUAGAGCAUUUGACAAUGUUAGUCUAUCUCCUUGAACUUCUGGAUUUUUUUUCAUUAUUGCUAAUAGUACUUCGAAUGCUGAAGAUAUUUGACCUUGUUAUUCAGUGCCCACCUUGGAGUUAUUACUUAUUACUAUUUUCUGAAUCAUAUUCAUAAUUCAAGGAGGAUUUGAGGAUCU